AUUACUGCCUUGCAGAAACGCUGUGCUUCAAUUACUGGGGUUUUUAAUUGCCUCCCAUUGCAUCUGUUAGGCAGAUUCCAGGGAUAAACUGUAGUAUGGAGGCUGAGAUGUGAUAAAUAUUGAGUCCAUGUAAUGGAACACUUGCUGUCCUUUUUAAUCUUAUUAUUGGCCUUAGCGCCAUGAAGUUGAGUACAAGUAUUGAUUGUGCAUCAUAUUUAAACCCGUAUUAUAGUCUACUACCAGGACAGAAAUUUAGCUCUAGAUGUGACUUUUUUUAAAACAGCUUUCCGAGCUGUUAGAAUUAUUUACCACCAUUUUCCCCUAGUUUUCUUUAAAAGCGCCGUCAAUCCCGUGCAUUAAGUCAACAGGAGACAUUCGCUAUACUUGUAUUGGUCUUUAAAUUCUAGAUCAUAGCCUAAUAGAAACAACAUGUUAGAAAUUAAAUAAUUUCUCAUCUGUAUUGGAGUUAGAUACUGUGAAAUAUUUUAUACCUGUCUAUUAAAAAAAUGCAUUUUUUUAUUAAUUAAUUAGUUGAAACAAUAAUUAAUAUUUAACCCCAACAUUAAUCACGAAUAGUCCUACAUGUUUCCCUCGGAUUCAUGCAAUGUUAGUUCCUACAGGAUUUUAUUAGAUUAACUCACCCCUAUUUAAAGUGGAUUUUGAAUAAAGUGCUUGAAUCGUUAGAAUUCAUAAUGAAAGUUUUUUUGUCUAAUUGGGGACUGGUAAUUUUUUUUUUUUUCUUUUUUUUUUUAGUGUGUUGUACGUAUUAAAUCGACAGAUAGACACCGAAUUAAAAUGGCUCGUAUUUUUAAACGGAGAAAGUCAUGUUAUGUUACAUAGCCAAUGGGAAUAUACAAUACCCACGGGAAGAAAAAAACAUUUAAUUCUAUGACAAACCUUAAAAUCUUUUGUUCAAGAUAAACAAAUAAAGCAACUAUAACUAAUUGAAUUAAACAGAUGAAAGAGAAAACGUAUCGACGGUCACGUCUGUAAUUUCAGUGAGUCCAAAAGCACCUGGGGGUCGUUUGUUUCACUGGGCAUUGUAUCAUGAUCAUUCACUUAACUCGCAUCUGUUCUUAUAUACCAGCAAAGUACGAGGGUGAUCAGUACAUCGGCAUAAGCAAUGUGUUCGUUAAUCGUCUAACCUGAAACCUGAGGCAGGCGGGCUUGAUUACGAGAUUCAUUAAUUGUUUUAAAACUGGAAACUGCAAAGCGAGCUGAAUCCGAAAGGCUGUAGUUGUGUUUGGGGGCACUCCAAUGAAGACAAUCUGGCAGGCUGAAGUCAUUUACAUUGCACAGCGCGUUAACAGCAACCCAGACUGCAACUCGAAACUAUCCCCUCCAACGCAAAAUGAGCGCUUCAGCACUCUGGAUAGCGCUCGGCGUGCUAGUGCUCAGCACAGCGAGAUCAAAUGAAGCAGCCCGCCGAUUAACCACUAACCCCAGCCGCUUUGCGAAUUCCACCCUGGUUCGUCUCGCCGAUUAUCUGUUGACGGGUUACAAGCGGGGUGUACGCCCUGUACGAGACUGGAGAACUCCCACUACAGUUUCCAUUGAUUUAAUGAUCUACGCGAUUCUAAGUGUGGAUGAGAAAAAUCAAGUUUUAACAACCUACAUUUGGUACCGGCAGCAAUGGAAAGAUGAAUUCCUAGUCUGGGAUCCGAAGGACUUUGAUGAUGUCAAGCAGAUCUCUAUCCUGACUAACAAUCUGUGGGUUCCAGAUAUACUCAUCAACGAGUUUGUUGAUGUGGGGAAGUCCCCUGAUAUCCCUUAUGUUUACGUGGGGAAUGAUGGGGAAGUUCGGAACUACAAGCCGAUCCAGGUGGUCACUGCCUGCAGCCUGGAUAUAUACAACUUCCCCUUCGAUGUGCAGAACUGCUCCCUCACUUUCACGAGCUGGCUCCACACGAUUAAGGACAUCAACAUCUCCCUGUUGAGAUCCCCCGAGGAGGUGAUGUUUGAUAAAAGUGUUUUCAUGAACCAGGGGGAGUGGGAACUGCUCCAUAUCCUGUCUGCUUACUCUGCCUUCAGUAUUGAUGGCAACGACCACUACGCUGAAAUGAAGUUCUCUGUUGUGAUCAGACGGAGACCCUUGUUUUACACUGUAAGCUUACUGCUGCCUAGUAUUUUUCUGAUGGUGAUGGAUAUUGUGGGGUUCUUCCUGCCCCCCGACAGUGGAGAGAGAGUCUCCUUUAAAAUCACCCUUCUGCUGGGCUACUCUGUCUUCCUCAUUAUCGUGUCCGACACACUGCCAGCUACAGCCAUCGGGACUCCCCUCAUAGGGGUGUAUUUUGUGGUGUGCAUGGCCCUUCUGGUGAUCAGUCUGACGGAGACCAUAUUGAUCGUUCGUCUGGUGCAUAAGCAGGAUCUGCAGCCUCAUGUUCCAGAGUGGGUGAAAUACCUGGUGUUGGAGAGAGCCACUGUACUGUUCUGCAUUCGCAACAAGCACAAGUUUGGACCCCUGCAUCCCAAAGAGGUAGAUGUGACCCAGUACAAGGAGAACAAUAUCAAUUCAGAUAAAUUGAACUUCCUUUGUUGCGAGAACCCCAAACACCGCGAGAAGCCCAUGGGGAUGGCUCUGCCUUUAAGAGAAAACACACCUGUCGUUGACAGCAUCCUCCACGAGAUCUCCUUCAUCCGCCAGUACCUGGAGAAACGGGACGAGUACCGAGACAUCGCCAAAGAGUGGCUGCAAGUGGGCUACGUUUUGGACGUGCUGCUGUUCCGGGUCUACCUGGUGGCAGUGCUUGCAUACAGCAUCACGCUGGGCACUCUGUGGUCUGUAUGGCAGUAUGCUGAGUGACAGGUAGAGUCUGGUUUAAAAAGUGCGUUAUACCUUUUAUAAUAACUGGUGACAAGCAGUUGAUAUUUCCUGUAAUAACACAACUAACUUACCAAUAACGUAACACAACACAGAAAUACCCCAGGACAGCCCUAAAACAGCCAGUGUCCUUUCCCGAUGUUCUGACACGAUCGUUGCUCACACUGGCGCAGACGCUGUUAAGUCUGGGAAAUCAUGUUUGUAGCUUACUGACAAUCUGUACUCGACCAACAGCUUUGAUUUUGUUUUGUAUGUACAGUAGUUAUGUAACUAACACUGUUUGUGAUUCUAUGUACAGUAUUGUAUUUGUAUAGAAAUAAAAGGUAGUUUUACCCACUGUA